AUGUGGGCUUAUGACACAGACACUUACGGCCAGGAACCCCCUCCACCUGCCAAAAUAACCAAUAUUUCUAGCAUAAUAACACGUACUAGCACAGGUGUUGAACAUUUAUGUGACGAAAUUCAGGAAGAAGAGGUAGUUAUAUGUGAUGAAAGAUAUACCAUAAAUUACCACAAAUGUGACCAGUCUUGUAUUCCCGGAAACUGGUUCAAGGAAGAGGGGGCUGCCAGCAUAAAAUCACAGCAGGAUGAUGGACUACAGCAGUCAGGUGCUUCUUGGGGGCCCAAUUUAUUUACAAAUACAUUUGAAGAAGAAGCUCCUGAUAAUCCACUACAAAGUCAUGCGGCAGGUAAACUUAAGUUGUUCAACCUACCAGAAGAUACAGAUGAAGACUAUCUAGAAAUGUAUUUUGAGGAAAAGUUUGGCAGUGAUACAAAGAUCAUAUCAAUAGAAUUUAUUGAAAAUGGCAUGGCAGCCAUAAUAGAAUUUGAAAAGCAAGAAGUGAAUGAGAUGUUAAUAAAAAGGCAACCAAUUGAUAUGGAAGGUCAAAAGGUUUAUGUCGAAUUGUUUGAAACACAGCAGCCGAUACAGGAUGAACCAAAAACAAUAGAAGUGACAUCAGAACCUGGUGUUAUCACAGAGAAAAGUAUAAAGAUAAUAAAAAUGUACUUUAGCAACAAUUUGCGUUCCGGUGGAGGCAAAAUAGACGAAUGCUCAUUGUCAGAAGAAACUGAGACCAUCACAAUCACUUUUGAAUCGGCAGACACGGCCAAAGCGGUGGCGGCAAGAAAAGAUCAUAAAUACAAAGAUAAACCACUCAAUAUAGUUCUGCUGGAUGCCGCCUUGCUCAGAAAAAGGGAAGAAGCCGACGCUGAACGAGAAAAAUCAAAGUCUAUUAUCAUUACAAAUUUACCGCAUGGAGUUGAUGAAUCGACACUAGAACUGGUUUUUGAAGAUGCUGAAACUUUUGGAGAGGGAUUCCAUGUUGUAAACGUUGAGAUAGAUCCAGACGCGAACACAGCUAUUGUACAAUUUGAAAAUUCUGAAGCUGUAGAAACAAUCGUGCAGAAAAAAGAAGUAGACAUUGAAGGGCAGAAAGUAAAUAUCGAAGUAAAACAAGAUCACAUUCAAGAAGAACCUUGUACUGUAGUAGUGAGAGGACCACACGAUUGUAUAAAGGAGAAAACACUAAAGAUGUAUUUUAGCAACAAGAGACGCUCAGGGGGUGAAAAUGUCACUGAAUGUCGUCUAGUUGAGCCUGGUUUAGCUGAAAUUACAUUUGAAUCGAGCAAAAUUGCUAAACAGGUAGCAGAAAAGGAUGAUCACAAAUUGAAGUCACAGCCCAUUGAGGUUGCUCUUAAAUCACCGAAAGUACUCGAAACCACUUCUCCGGUCAAGUCGAAUAAGCUACUGAUAUCAGGCGUGAAUGCAGCAGUAAGAGAAAUGCUUGCCUUGCACUUGGAAGAUAUGUUUAAAGAUGUGCAUGUCAUCGGCGAAUGUCCAGGGGAAGAAGACUCAACAGUUAUACUAGAGCUUGAUGAACCAAACAGCGCCCAAACCAUUUUGAAAAGUCAGCCUAUCAAAAUAGACGGACACAUUUUAGACGUGAAGAUACAUGGAGAUGAACCGGUCCGACUGUGCACAAUACAAGUUCAAGGACUUCCCAAUAUUGACAGGCAGUUAGAUGCGGUGACUUUAUACUUUAAAAACAGUACUCGGUCUGGGGGAGGGCCUGUUGUUAAAUGCACAUCUGACAAGGACAAAAAUGUUGCUUACGUUACAUUUGAAACAGAAGAAGUUGCACAACGUGUUGUCGAUAGGCCUGAGCAUUACCUAAAAGGUCAACUGCUUGAUGUGUCGCUGUACAAGCCGACAAAGAACAGUGGAAAUGCGUGUAAAGAUUCAGCUUCAAGAAAAAUUCUAAUUACUGGGCUACCAAGUUCAGUUGACAAGGAAUUUGUGGAACUUUAUUUCGAGGACUUUGAAAGUACAUGUGAAAUGCAAGUUGAAAGUGUUGAUAUAAAUCCCGAUGAUGCUACAGCAGUAGUACAGUUUCGUGACCAAGCAGCUGUGGAUUUCAUUCUACGAAGUAAGACUUUACAAAUGAAAGGGCGAACAAUCACAAUUCAAGUUUAUGAAGAGGAGAAAGAGGAUUUCUGCACAAUAGAAGUACAUGGACCGUCCGACAUAGAACAUGAAUUGGACAAAUUACUACUUUAUUUCAAAAUUAAGAAACGUUCUGGUGGCGGUGUGAUUGUAAAUAGUUCUGUUGACACUGGGAAGAAUGUUGCAUAUAUAACUUUUAAGGACCAGGAAGUCGCAGAGAGAGUAGUAGCAAAAAACCACAGUAAACAAGGAUUAGAAGUAAUGCUUGUGACAACCCGAUCAGCAGGUGAUGUCUCUACGGAUGAAAAUGUCAGUACGGUGAAAGUUAGAGGUGUUCAAAAGACAGUAACAAAGGAAACUCUUACAUACUAUUUUGAAAAUGAAAAACGAUCUGGGGGAGGCCCAAUUGAAUCGAUAUGGAGUGACGACGAAGAUGAAAACGUUGUGUUUAUCACAUUUUCAAAGCCUGAAGAUGCAAGAAAAGUUGUUGACAGAAAGCAUGACAUUCAGAAAUGUUCGUUACAAGCUAGCCUGUACCUUCCUCCGCCAUGUUAUGAUAAUAAAGUACUGAUCAAAGGUCUACAAAGUACUAAAGAUGCUUUAUUCCUAUUCUUGGAAGCAACUGCGAACGCAGAGCCUAUAAGUAUUGAUUAUCAUGAAGAUGAAGAGACUACAGUUUUAGUGACAAUGAAAAAUACUACGGAUUUUGAAAAACUUGAAAAGGCCUGUAAGGAAAGAACUUUAGAAGGAGCAAGACUUAAAGUUUCAAAGGUACAAAUAUCCAACUGCAUUUUCGUCUCCAAUCUUGCACCAGUGGUUACAAAAGACACAAUACAGUACUACUUUGAGAACAAAAAGAAAUCUGGAGGUGGUGAUGUCGAAAAAGUUGUGAUGAAUGAAGAUGAGGUUGAGCGUACAUGCUUGGUGUACUUUGAAGAUUACAAAGUAAUUGACAGAAUUCUUGAUAAAAAACACAAUCUCGGUGACAAAGAGUUAAAUGUUAAAUGUUUCCAAACAGCACUAGGACGCCCAGAAGGGGAGGCGGUAGAAAAGACAUUUCAAGUACCACUGGCUUUUGAGAUAAAGGACGCCGAUGUUCAUAAAUUCAAGUUUGUAGAUAAUUCCCCCGAACAUCGUAAAAGUUUUGAGCAAGAGCUACUUAAACAUUACACGAAAGUCAAAUGGCCGACGGAUACCAAAACACAAAUGCAUGUACAGCUUCACUGUACGCUUACUAAAGAUAUAAAAGGGUGCUUCAAAAUUGCUAAAAGUUGGGAGAAACAAGCUAAGUCUGUGUUUCAAAAACUUAUGGAUGCAAUUGUACUCUAUCGUAUUGACGUUUUGCAAGACAUUAAACCAAAGGUGAUGGACUACCUAAAAAGCAUUCAUAUAAGCGAACCAACCAAUGUAGCUAUUGUCAUUGAAAACGAGCAAAAGGUUAUUGUUAUUGUUGGCAAACAAGCUAUUGCUGACGAUCUAAAGGUAAAAAUAGAGGACACAAUCAAGAAAAUAAUAGAUGAUGCUGAAAAAGAGAGGCAGAAAGUUACAGAAGUAUUUACAAAUAUAAAGCCGAUUGAGACAAAAAUGAUGGCUUUCGAAAAGCUCCCAGAGUCUUUGGAAAAAGAGUUCGGGGACAUAAAAGUACAAAUCGUAGUCGAGAAAAACGAAAUACAUCUUCAAGGUUUGAUAAGUAGCGUCCGAAACGCAAAACUCGUUAUCUAUGACAGGAAGAGCAAGUUUGAAAUACAACGUAUUGAUAAUAUCUCUAAACUCGUACUCUCAUUAUUGCGAUUAGGAAAUACAAGUUCGUCGCUACAGAAAAAACUUCAAUCGAGUGGGAUUCCAGCAGUCUGGGAAAUUUACGCGAAUGGAAUCGCAGUAUGCUGUAGUAAACCAGGCUUUUGUGAGAAAGCCUUAGAAGUGAUACGUACAUUUUUCCAUGAGGAUACUAUAUCGAUUGAAAGAGGCACUGUCCCAGAUUUAGAAACGGACAAAUGGAGAAAUAAAGUUGAAGAAAUUCAUGCAAUGCAUCCAGGUAAAGUACAAAUAGCUCUUAGCGAUGAUUUGACUGAAAUACAUGUGUGUGGGACGGCUGAUACUGAAAAGUCCGUUAUAGAAGAAGUACAGGGCUUUUUGCGGUCCAACACAAUCGUAACCAAGAACGUAUCCAACUCAAGAGAAGCUAAUCGUUUCCUAGAAAAAAAUUGUGAAACGGAAAUAGACGACAUUUCUAGAAAGCUUCAACAAUAUUAUGUGAAGAUUAAAAUUCUUGAUCAGUACAGGGGCUUUGAAAUUCGAGGUCUACAAAAGGGCGUUCAAGAAGCAAACAUCCAACUUCAGAAACUGUUGAACAGAAUUCAGCAAAAAAAGCAUACAGUUGCAAAACCAGGAAUUGCAGAACAUGUAAGGUCACCCAAAGGAAAAGACAGCAUUCACACAAUUGAAACGACAUUGUCAUGCGUAAUCGUCGUAGAAGGAGAUGAAGCUUACAAGCAAAUGGCCGAUAAAGCACAAGGAACCAAAAUACAUGCAAGCUGUAACGUAUUUCAAGGGACGACAAUAUAUGUCUGGCAAGGAGACAUGACAGAACUUGAUGUAGGUGUACUUGUUAACCCGUCAGACAAGAACUUGGGGUUUUCCGGUGGACUUGGAAAGGCUAUUAUUUCAAAAGGGGGACCUGCUAUAAAACAUGAGUGUGAGAACUUCAUAGCAACACAAAGAUCUUUGAACGAUGGCGAUGUCUUCAUGAGUAGUGCUGGUGAUUUGAAAGCGGAAUAUAUUGCCCACAUCAAAAGCCAACAAUGGAAUCAAGGGAAAGCUAUGGAUAAAGAUUUAGAGGCGACAGUCUUCAAAUGUCUACAAGAAAUAUCAAAGAUACAGGAAAAAUCUGUUGCAAUACCAGCAAUAGGAUGUGGUGUAAAUGGGUUUCCAGUUAAUGUUGCCACGUCGAGCAUUGUCAAUGCAAUAAAAAGGAUGUUGAUGGAAUAUCAGGAUAGUUCGAUUGGUGAGGUGUAUCUCUGCGACAUGAAUGAAAAGAACGUCCAAGGUUUUACUGAAGCACUUUGCAAGAUAUUCGGAAACACUAACGUUGUGCUUCAUGAAGGCGGUGAGAAUGUUAGAGCAGGUAAAAGCAGUCAUGACAAUUUAUCAGGAACAAUGGGUGCGCGUCCGAAACGUGUUACAACAUCAAGGCGAUCCAACAAUUCAGAUAGAAACGAAUUAUCACAAACGAUGCCAAAUCUUCCUAAAAGUGAGGGGAUUGACAUUGGAAAUAUACUUGUUACUGUAGUGAAAGGAGAAAUUGCGAGACAAAAGGUAGAUGUAAUUGUGAACACGACAUCUCAUAACUUAGACCUACGAAAUGGUGCAGUCUCACAAUCGCUAUUGAAAACCGCUGGAAAAGAAUUACAAGACGAAGUAAAUGCUAAGUAUCCGAAAGGACUGGAGGGAAUUGAUGUAGCUGUGACCGGCGGGUAUAAAUUGAAUUGUGAAUUUGUCAUUCACACCGCACUAUCAAACUUUAAUGAUAAAAAGCCGAAGGAAAGCAUAAAAGCACUUCACAAAUUAAUGAAGAACUGUUUAGAUGAGGCACAGCGAUAUAACUGUAAUAGCAUUGCCUUCCCAGCCAUCGGCACUGGCAGUCUAGGAUUUCCGCGUAAUGUUGUUGCUGAAGAGAUGUUCAAAGCAAUAACAAAAUUUCAGGCCAGCUGUUCCCAAUCAAGUUUACGUGACAUCAGGUUUAUUGUUUACCAGAUGGACUCUCAAACUAAGAUGGCAUUUGACGAGGAGCAGUCUCGCAUGCAGAAAGAAGUUCAAGCAAUGACAUUUGGAGGACAGUCAGGCAAAGAUGCUAGUUCUCUUGGAUACGACGUCAUACAAGCAGAUACUGGCAACAGCGGCACGUCAAUCAGUGGAACACACUCAUUUGGAAGUCUUACUGUCAUAGCCAAACAGGGUGAUAUAACACAGGAGGAUGCUGACUGCAUCGUUAAUAGCACAAAUGCUGACUUGAAUCUUAACAUAGGUAAAGUGUCGAAGACAUUGUUAGAAAAAGGAGGAUUAGAACUUCGAGAAGAACUAGACAAUAACAAGAGUGACAUGAAAAAAUACAAGAUAACUACAACCCUGGCACCUGGCUUGCCAUGUAAAAGUAUAAUCCAUGUUGUGGCGGACACUAAGGAUAUGGUAAACACUGUGAAAAAAUGUUUGAAAGAAGCUGAAAAUGAAAAGAUGAAAAGUAUCGCACUGCCUGCAUUUGGCACAGGCAAUCUUUUUUCAGGAACCAAAGUAUUCGAUACUGACGCUGCUGCUGACAUAGCUAAGAAUAUGGUUAAAGCAGUGAGGGAAUUUUCGAAAUCGCAGCCGAAAUAUUUGUCGGAGGUUAGAUUUGUUAUUUUCCAAAAGGAGCUGUUACAAGAAUUCCUGAAGGCUGCUGAGGCUGCCGGUGAUCCUAAAAGUUGGUUGGGAAACAUGUGGAAAGGUGUUAAAAAUGUUUUUGGCAUGUCCGCAUCUGGUGAUGAAAAGGGAGAUAGAGGACUUAACGUCGAACCAGAUUUCAAUUCUGUUACCUUUAUCUUGUUUGCUCUGAGUACGGAUACAAUCACAAAGGCCAUAAAGAAACUUGAAAACUCACUUGAAAAAGAAAUGCACACAAAAGUCAUCGAUGACCACACUAUUCGCCAACUUGAGGAUCACCAGGUUGAUGAAAUUAAUGGAAUUGCCAUGCAAUGUCAUGUUCAAAUGAGUAUGGAUAAAAACAGGGGUAUUGUUAAGCUCGCUGGAAUAGUCGGAAAUGUUAUGACUGCUUCGGACAAGAUAAAUGUAUUGCUUAGAGAUGCAGAGCGGAUGGAGUUGAUGAAGAAUAUUGCGCAAUGGUUUUAUAUCGAGGUGACACCUACAGGCGAAGAAGUGCGACCAUAUGAAAAGGAUAUAAAUUUGACAAUAGAAAAUGCCUACCGACAACAAAAGGAUGCUGUUACAUUUUUAGUAGAUGGAAUCGACUACAUUCUUGACUUUGCAUCAAUGGAGGAGUAUCCUGAACACGAUACUACAGAUAGAGCAAAAGUUAUGCGACGGGAUCUUGUUAAAGGAGGAACGUAUGAGGUACCUGCUCACUGGGAUGACAUGCAAGGCGGAAAUUUGAGGGUCGUUUCUCUAAAGAGUGAUUCAAGUGAAUACACAGGCAUUGAACAAAGAUUUAAAGAUUCUGCAAAACGGAAUAAAGGUUCCAAUGAACAGACAAAAGAUUGGACUGUUGUGAAGAUCGAACGAAUACAAAACAAAUCACUAUGGGAACAGUAUCAGUCUAAAAAGAAACAACUUGAAGAUCAGAACCCACCGGGAACAAUUAAUGAGAGAGAGCUUUGGCAUGGUACGAGCGCUGAUCCUGUUGACAGCAUAAAUGCUCAUGGAUUUAAUCGAAGCUUCUGUGGGAAAAAUGCAACUGUGUUCGGUGACGGAGUAUAUUUUGCAAUACAUGCUUGGUAUUCAUGUCAAAAUAGAUACUCUAAACCAGAUGCACAAGGAAUAAGAAGGAUGUACCUUUGUAAAGUUCUGGCCGGAGAAUAUGCUAAAGGAGAACAAGGAAUGAGGGUACCACCAUUGAAAUCAAGUGGCGGACCAAAUGCGCUAUAUGACUCUGUUACAAAUGAUAUGAUUAACCCGCAAAUGUUUGUCAUAUUUCAUGACACACAGGCAUGUCCGGAAUAUCUUGUUUAUUUCAAAGAAUAAAAAAGAAAUAUUUGUGAUAAUAAUUUGACAGUUCAAAGAAAUAGAAAAUGCAUCUUAAAUGCGCAUUGCUACGCAUGAAUACACUUUAUUUUUCAUUUCUCUUUGGUAGUCGCAUAUUUAGAAAUGGUGUUAUAUUAUUAUGAACGCAAAUAUUUGUUUAAGAUUUUUUACUACAUUUACACUAAAUUCUUCAUAAAUGUAUAUAUGUAUGUAUGUAAAUGAGUCUGCAAGAGAGUUUGUGAUGCAGAAUAGGCCAAUGGAGGUAAAGUAUCAGGACUUAAAUUUUACUAAAUGUCCAAAAUGAUAUAUACAUAUCAUACCGUGGAAAUGAUUGUUCCACAAAGCCAUCUUUACCAAACAGUAGAAUGUAGGCUGAGUUUUUAUUUUUGAUUUAAAAAUGCGUGGCUGACCCUAGUUGAAAUAGUGCAUACCUAUUAGCUAAAUCUACGCAGUAUUUGAUGCACAUGCGAAGACUAAAGCUUUUCACCGUAAUGUUUAUCCAGUGGAUAAGUGUUUGAGCAAGUCAGUCGUGUAACACAAGUUAGUACCUCUCUAAUGCACACAAAUAUGUUAUAGUAUUUAAUACUGGCACAGCUGAUUAGUUCAAAUAGUUAUAGUUUAAAUGCAUGUUCUGAGAUAAAUCUAUACAGCUGCUGCAUACCAAAAGUUACUACUGAUCUUGUGUUCCAUACGGCGGAACAUUCCUCUUUUGGCUUCGUUUAUUUAGAUAUAUCACAUUCUUAUUAAAAAAAGCCGAAAGCGAGUAUUGUAGAGCAUUUGCUAGGUCAAUAGUCGCCACCAAGCGAUUUUAUAUUUACCUAUCAUUAUGUACCACUAGAUCAAGUAAACCAGUGUGAGAGAAAGACAGUAAUAAUUUCUGUUAAUAGCGAAUGAAUUGUGGUUAUGAACUUUUUACGCAUGUCCGCCUCUGUCUACAUUUUUACUGUCUAAUAUGUUUAGUAUCAAAAUGGUAACUAAAUAAUCAUAGUUUAUUCUUUAAAUAAAAUUUUACUUGAUGUGCAGAAGCAAACUUAGAAAAAUAUUAUCAAAUACGAAGCCUCUUUAAGUACUUGAUACAAAUCCGUAAAAGUGAUGUGCAUAUAGAGAAAAUGAAAUAAGAUGCCAGCAUGACUCCACACACAUCGCAUUAGUGCAUAUGUUAUAAUCAUGAUGAGGCUGACAUUGUUACCUUUUUUUUUCUUUAAGGUAGUUCCGCACGUUUGCAUCGAAAUAUUUUCUACAAUGUAGAAUUUGAUUAAACUUUAGAAAAUUUGGUGAAAUAAAAUAUAUGGGUUCCUGAGCUUAUGUUUUAGAUAUUUGACCAUGAUUAAAGUGAACCGAAUAUUUCACGCUAAUUUUAAGACAUUUUUUAAUGUUUUAACGUGUCAUAUGUUUUAAUAUCAUAUUAUGACUUUGAAAAUAAAGUAACAAUGCCAUCCUAAUAAAUUCACUCACAAAGUGUGAUUAAUUCAUAGAAUGAUUUUCAUUUCCGUACGCCGAAUCCAGCCUUUAUUCUAAGUUGUCCGGAUUAAUGACGUUACGCCAUCACUUCCAGUUUAUCAAACGUGCAGAACUACUUUAAAUAGAAAAAUAAGCUUGUCAAUUCCAUAUUUAAAGCUGCAUAAUAGUAGUCAAGACGGAAAAAAUCGAGUCUGUCUGCUAUAUUUGAAGCUACACAAUAGUAAUCAGCUUAGCAAAAUUUGUAUUGACAUUGGAAUGACCUUUGUAUUGUUACAUUUUUGUAUAGGCACAAGGUACCAAAUAUUUUGAGGCCCCUGUCAUUUGGUACGAUUAAAGAGAUAUUUUUGAGGUUUGUAAUACAAGUUAAUAGAAAAAGGGAGGUGUUUGUCAGUGAAGGAUUGAAAUAUCUUUCACGAGUGAAUAUCAGUUGCAUAGGCACGAGUAAAUAUGUAAGAUAUGGUAUUCGAGAGUGAAAGCUAUUUUGAUCUUACAUGUGAAACAAACAAAUUUUCUUUUUGUUUCAUGUUUUAACUAAUUCAACCCAUAUAUUUAAUAGUUUUUAUUGUGAAAAUGCCAGAUAUAUUUCGGUCUAAUAUUUCGAUAAGUCACUGCUAGAUGUGUAA